AUGCCCACUACAACUUAUACUGCUAUUACUCAAGAGGAGGGUGCAGAUCUUGCUACCCUCUCAACCAACCACUACAAUCUUCAAGUUGCCAAGUCUGUCUCCACACCUGGUGGAAGCCCAACCUACAAUGUCGUCUACAGGUCCUCCUUCUUGGCCUAUAACAUGAGUGUUGCAUGGACUACAACCUAUGGGAUUAACUGGACCAUCGAAAUCCCAACUCAAGGUGCUCAGAUUACCUACGCCGGCAGGUGGCAGAGCUGCGCACUGGGUCAGUCGUACGACUUGGAUCAAAAAGGCGAAUGGGUUGCCAAUCAAAAAAACCCUUAUGAACACAAAGACUCGGUAAAUGUCGGUGGAAACCAUUACCCAAUACCCGUCCACAUUAUCGUUGGCGUUCAGGAUCCUGCUACUCUGAAGUGGACCCCUAGUGUUCGGCUCUGGUUUGAAGAAGGCACCAAAACCGCAACUAUGAUAAGCACGCAGGGUACAGAGCCCCAGGAAUUCGAUAUGACAUCUACACCUCUGUUCUACUUUUCCUAUGCCACCACGGAGGGUAAAUGGCGUGCUCCCCAGCCGGGUCCCUUCUUUUAA